GCAGUCCCGGGUUCGACCGGCCGAGCCCCGCGCGCCCCGCCCGCGCCCUGCGCCUCCGCCCGGCCGGCCGGCGGGGGAGGGGGCAUGAGCCGGCGCCCGCGCGCCGCCCCAAGCUGCGGGCCGGCCUAGAGCCCCGCGCGGGCCCCGCGCCGGAGCCAAGCCGCCGCCGCCGCCGCCGCCAAACCGCGGGCGCAGCAGUGGGCGCCGCGAUGCAGCGGCCGGGGGAGCCGGCCGCCGCGCGCUUCGGUCCGCCCGAGGGCUGCGCGGACCACCGGCCGCACCGCUAUCGCAGCUUCAUGAUUGAGGAGAUCCUCACGGAGCCACCCGGGCCCAAGGGCGCCGCGCCCGCAGCCGCCGCUGCCGCGGCGGGCGAGCUGCUGAAGUUCGGCGUGCAGGCGCUGCUGGCGGCGCGGCCCUUCCACAGCCACCUGGCCGUGCUGAAGGCCGAGCAGGCGGCGGUGUUCAAGUUCCCACUGGCGCCGCUGGGCUGUUCAGGGCUGAGCUCUGCGCUGCUGGCGGCAGGGCCUGGGCUGCCCGGCGCCGCGGGUGCGCCACACCUGCCGCUAGAGUUGCAGCUCCGCGGGAAGCUGGAGGCGGCAGGCCCUGGGGAGCCAGGCACCAAGGCCAAGAAGGGGCGUCGGAGCCGCACUGUGUUCACCGAGCUGCAGCUGAUGGGCCUGGAGAAACGCUUCGAGAAGCAGAAGUACCUUUCCACGCCGGACAGAAUAGAUCUUGCUGAGUCCCUGGGCCUGAGCCAGUUGCAGGUGAAGACGUGGUACCAGAAUCGGAGGAUGAAGUGGAAGAAAAUAGUGCUGCAGGGCGGCGGCCUGGAGUCUCCCACCAAGCCCAAGGGGCGGCCCAAGAAGAACUCAAUUCCAACGAGCGAGCAGCUUACUGAGCAGGAGCGCGCCAAGGAUGCAGAGAAACCGGCGGAGGUGCCGGGCGAGCCCAGCGACAGGAGCCGCGAGGACUGAGGGCGGUAUACGGUGCGGGGCCUGGGAUGCCCGCGCCACCCGCAGCCCCCUCACUCGGCGGAAACCCGCGAGCCGGCCCUUCCGCGUCCAAGAAGUUUACUUCCUAAACCUUUUUAUCAUGAUCUUGAAUGCGGACAAUUGGGGCCAAACGAGGAAGGACACAGACCCUAAAGCCAGACCCAGGUCCCAGCGCGCUUCUGGGCUCUAACCUGGGAGACUCGCAUCCAGCGCGGCGGAAGCUACAGUCUCUACCCUGAGCUCCGCGGCGCAGAGCGCUCCACGCGCAUUCACGCCCCGCUCCUCGCCUGCACCCCCACCCCGUCUGGGGCCUGCCCUCCCGGCCGAGGAGCCUCCAGGCACACACCCGCUUCUGGACGUCGGGGACCCAGCGGUUGGGCUCAGGCCACAACGGCCUGAGAUUGCCCCGGGGCAACCCGUCGACUCGGCCUGGAGGCCGGGUCCCCGAUGUCGCCGGGGCCCCUACCCCCUCUUGCGAAGACGGUGACUUUUUUUCCAAUAAAAUAUUUUAUGACACAAUCGGGCUCGGUGGAGCAGCUUCUGAAUCCGCAAGGGGUGAGGGUGGGGGUGGGGGUGGGCGCGGCAAGAUAAGCGGAACGCGGGCAGUUGCUUCUUAAACUUCCUUUCCUCCGGCUCUGUCGAAGGCAGCUGUGCUGUUCACCAUCAAGCCCGGGCUAGGCACGGCGGGCGGCUGGGUGGCUGCAGGAUCCUAGGAAUCGCUUCCACUCUGGGCGUGAGGGGCCAGUCUGAACUCCACCUCCUCUCCCUUGCCAGCCAGAGAGUCGCUGGCAGGAGCGGUCUGGCCGCACCGCGGGUGCCCAAAGGAGCGGGAGCCAGAGGUCCACCGCAGAGCUCGCUCCGGAAGUGGCCCGGACAGAGAGCCGCCUCGGUUGUUGUUUCGGUUUCCUGGGACUUGAAGGACCAGUUUGUGCGGUCCUUGAGAUGGUCUUCACCAACCCUUUAUGAGGCGGAUGGGAAGUCGAGGACGCAAGGUUUGGACAGAGCCCCCCACCAGCGCGGUUGCCCGCCCGCGGGUCCUUGCAGCAGCAAUGGCUCCCCAGAGUUCUCACAUUUUCCGCAGGAUACUCAGGGCGGCGGCGCCUGGGCUGCUGAGUUCCAGCUCCGGGCAGUGAGGGCACCUGGCUGACGGAGAGAGAGGACUCAGCUGACACCGGCCUAGGGAGGGUGGUCCCUUGCAGGGACACAGCUUGGUUGCAUGUGCUCUCAGGUGCCCCCUUCUCAUGGAGGUCUCAGUUGCCUUCCCGCAGUCCAGGCUGGGCUCAGGGCUGCCUGUGGGUUCCUGUCCUUGUGCUUCCUGAAGCUGGGGGUGGGGAGGAUGACCAGAGGUGGGGAUGGAGCGAUGGCCACUUUACUGGUUAAAGCUCAGGAAGACUAUGAAACUUGGCCAUUCAGAGUUCCUGAAGCCAGGUCCUUCCAGACUCAAACAGGAAAAGAGAUUUAAGUACAACAACAGCAACCAAAAAGAGAUUCAGGAACAAACAAACAAAAAACUCAGCUGCAGGCUUUGUGUUUCAGAAUGUGAAAGUGACU